AUGGAGCUCCUCUUUGGCAGCGGAGAUGAUGACGUGUCUGAUGCGCCAGGCGCCGCGCCGGAGGCUGCCCCGCCGCCUGCAGCCGCCGGGGACUUCUUCGGGGCGGCUGUGACACCCGUGCUGGUGGAGGCGGAGACGCCCUUGCAAGCACAGCUGAAAGGCCAUUUGAAGGACUUCCAGGACAAAGUCACGGCUGCAGGUGCUGCCCCUCCGCGAAAAGAUUUGGAAUCCGAGGAGGAGCUCUUGACCGCGCUCUUCCGGAGCACAGAGGCUGUGCGGAUGCGCGAGGCGCGCCGGGCGCCGGGCACGUGGCUGCAGUGCCUGGAGGCGUCCAUGGAUGCCGCGGAGAUUUUGGCGCCGGCCUGGCCGCGGCCAGGACGCGUCAAAGUGUCGCUCUCUCCAAAACACGGCUCGGGCGCGGCUGCCGGCAACACAGCGAGAGGUCCGCCUUCCAGUCCUCUACCAGAGGAGGUGGAGGGCGUGGAAGAGGUGAUUCUCGCCGAUGAGGCACCAGCUUCCGCAGCCUCCAGCCCGACACAGGAGCUUUUGGUUGAUGAACGUAUCCAUGAGCCGCGUGCAGUGGCCGAGGCAGCGGUGGAGGGCGUGGAGCUGAAGGAGUUGGUGGAGCCGGAGCCAGCACCAGGGCUUCAAGAGAGACAGGAGACACCACAGACACCAGGGCCCCAGGCACCGGAGGCACAGGAGGCACCGGAGCCGAAAGAGCUGAAAGAGCUGAAAGAGCCACCGAAGGAGAGCCAGGAGAUCUUUGCGCGCCACGAUGAUGGGGAUGGCUAUUUGUCUCGCGAGGAGUUGGACCGUCUCAAGGCUGACACCAGCCUGGAGCUGGACUUCGACCGGCUGGACGCGGAUGGCGACGGCCUCAUCAGUCAAGAGGAGUUGGCCAACGCCAUGGAUUGGGACGCCAUCGGGCCAGCAGUUGACGAGGCUCCUCCGGAGCCAGGCCAGCUAGGCCCACUGCAGGAGCUCUAUCGUGCCUAUGCGGGUUCUGAUGGGCUUUUGUCCCGCUUGGAGCUGCAGCAGAUGAAGGGGGAGAAUGCCCGACUACAGGAGUUGGACCUGGAGAAGUUUGAUUUGGAUGGCGAUGGGAUUGUGACACAGGAGGAGUUCGCACGCGCGCUGGAUUGGGAUGCCGUGGACGAGGUCCAUCCCGAGGCCGCUCCGAGUCAAAGGUCUUCCACCAGUGCCAAGUUGAUGAGCGUCAUCAAUGUGCAGAAGCAGUCACGAGAGGCCUUCGAGCGGGCGCGACCUGCUGCGAGCCGGAAGGAGAAGCGAAAGGCCAAGAGGAACCUCCAGGUGCGCACGUCCAGGCCACGGUGUGGAGCAUGUCGGUGGAUGAGGCACGAGGAAGCUGGCAGAAGGUCAGAAGGUUUACCAGAAGCUCUUGGUGAUCCUUCUCCCAGCAUUCCGUUGGGAACACCCAACUUGACCGGUGAGAGAACACAAGCAGAAGACGAUGAGCCCGCAAUGAGUGCCCCGAGGAGAUCUCUAGAGGUGCCUGCCGCAUCUCCUGUCGAGCCAGAGCUGAAACCAAGGCUUUCGAGGCACGAGGAAGCUGGCAGAAGGUCAGAAGGUUUACCAGAAGCUCUUGGUGAUCCUUCUCCCAGCAUUCCGUUGGGAACACCCAACUUGACCGGCGAGAGAACACAAGCAGAAGACGAUGAGCCCGCAAUGAGUGCCCCGAGGAGAUCUCUAGAGGUGCCUAACCCAUCCCCAGCAUCCCCUGUUGAGCCAGAGCUGAAACCAAGGCUUUCGAGGCAGUCGGGUGCGGAGUUGGCGGAGUACGCAGCAGCAGAGUUGCGAGAGGCCGGCGUCCUCCAGUCGGACGAGGAGUCAGGUGCCGAGGAGCACGACUUAGGCAGUGAUUUGGAGACCUUCUGA